AUGGCGGGGUCGUUCCCUCUAGGUGGAGGAGGCCACAGUCGCGAGUUCCCCGCGUCGUCUGUCCCGCCCGUGCACCCUUCCGACGCCGCGUCCUUCCUCUACGCCUCGCGCGCGGGGGCGGGACUGCAGCUAUGGCAGCAGCACGAGCAGCAGCAGCAGCAGCCGUUCUACACCUCCAACAUCAUCCGCUUCUCCGAUGACCCGUCACCCGGCGCCGCGCCCUCGUUCACGGGCGCCGCGUCGUCGUCGUCGUCGCGCGGCGCCAGGGGCGGCGGGGGAAGCGGCGGCGGCGGCGGCGGCGGCGGGGUCAGCUGCCAGGACUGCGGCAACCAGGCCAAGAAGGACUGCGUACACCAGCGCUGCCGCACCUGCUGCAAGAGCCGCGGAUUCACCUGCGGCACCCACGUCAAGUCCACCUGGGUCCCUGCCGCCAAGAGGCGCGACCGCCAGCAGCAGCUCGCCGCGCUCGCGGCGUCCGCCGCCGCCACAACCACCGCGGGCGCCGGCCCGUCCCGCGACCACACCAAGCGCCCGCGCGCGCGCCUCUCCGUCGCCACCCCGACCACGUCCUCGGGGGAUCAGCAGAUGGUCACGGUCGCGGAGAGGUUCCCACGGGAGGUGAGCUCGGAGGCGGUGUUCCGGUGCGUGCGCCUGGGGCCGGUCGACCAGGCUGAGGCGGAGGUCGCGUACCAGACCACCGUCAGCAUCGGCGGCCACGUGUUCAAGGGCAUCCUUCACGACGUCGGGCCUCACGGCCUGCCUGCCGCUGGUAGCGGCGGCGGCGGCGCCAUCGAGUACCACUUCCGCCACGCCGGGGACGGAUCGCCUCCUAUCACGACAGCCGCUGGCGAAGCAGGCGGCGGUGGCGGCGUGGGCAAUGUCAUCGUGUCAUCGGCUGUGGUGAUGGACCCGUACCCGACGCCCGGACCCUACGCCGCCUUCCCGCCCGGCGCGCCCUUCUUCCACGGCCACCCGAGACAGUGA